GAAGAGCUCAUUUCGCAAAAGCCGGUGCUUACUGUCGGAUACAACGUCAUGCUCCAGUGUCAAAACUCAAAAUAGAAGCCAUCGAUCAACCCACCAACAAUUCCCUGCAACACAAUUGCGCGCCUCAGAGUAGGCCCUAUUGGUUCGAGUAGACAACAAAGUGAUGGAUGUUGAUAUACCAACCGUGGGCACUCCUACGAAUGGGGGAGCAUCGCUCCUUGGGUCUAGUACUGGCGGUACCACUGAGCUCCAACAAAUAUUGUCUACAUUCAAGGCAACCAGGUUAUUUCGCCGCAAGGACCUGAGACCAGACAAGCCGUCGCCACAUGUACUCUCCCUGGAUUUUAAUGACCCGGGCGACCUCUGCAUGACUUCGGAGAGCGACGAGACUAUCCAGCUGUACAAUGUUCGGGAAGGUCGACAUGACAAAAACCUCGCCAGUAAGAAGUAUGGCGUGAAACUGGCUAAGUUCACCCACAGCGGCACGAGUAUAAUAUAUGCCAGUACAAAGCAAAACGAUGCCAUCCGAUAUCUUGAAACGUUCGACAAUAGCUUCAUCAGGUACUUUGAGGGCCACAAAGACGCGGUAACCAACCUCGAAAUGCACCCCGGUGGUGACAACUUCCUAUCGGCAAGUCGGGAUAAUACCGUGCGACUCUGGGACAUCAGGUCUAAGAACGCUGUUGGCCAGCUGUUUCUCAACACACCCUACCUGCUGGCUUGGGACCCGUCGGGUGAGGUUUUCGCCGUCGGCUCUCCGAGGAGCGGCUCUAUCCUGCUCUACGACUACAAAAACUACAACAAAGCUCCUUUUGCAACCUUUGACAUUGUCGAGGCCUGCAAAGAGGUGGAUCCGUCGCGCCUGCUCCAGGGCUGGACGAAACUGGAGUUCUCCAACGACGGCAAAUGCAUCCUGCUCGGAACUGACGGCACCGGCCAUCUUUUGCUGGACGCAUUUGACGGCAAGCUCAAGGCGAACCUGCGCAAACCGGACUCGGGCACCUCGCGUGUGGCCCCGGGUGAGGGCAGCGGGCAUGGUGAUGUGGAGAGCAGCGGCGACUGCUGCUUCACGCCUGAUGGGCGGUUCGUUAUGGGAGCAAACAGGGGCCAGAACGUGUCGGUAUGGGAUGUCAAUGGGGCUGUUGGAGAAAACAAGAGGAUGGACCCAGCUUUCACGCUCGAGGAUAAGAGAGAGGCCGCAGUCUUGGCGUUCAACCCCCGAUUCAACUUCUUUGCAACGGCGGACAGGGACUUGAUCUUCUGGAUGCCAGACCCUUACGUUUGAUAAUGUAGGAGGAAGCUGGUCAGGGUUUUAUUUAAGGUCUUUGUUCUCUUUUUUUUUCCGUUUUUGCCAUACGCACAGUAGAUACCCAGGGAUUCGGCGCUUCAUACAAAACUAUGAUAUUGCAUGGAUAGUUACUCAUAGAGGAAUCGGAUGAGAGCUAUGGUUCACUUGAAUGAAGAAAAUCUAUCUAAUCUCAGAUCAAUUGUG